CUGAAAACAAAAGUGCUCGCACCUUCGACGCUUCAGUUUCACAGUAGCACCCAACACGGUCGGCGGCGGCAACGGCAACAGUUGAAUCCAAUCGAGCAAAUCCAUCAUAUAAAAAUCUACGAAUAAAAAUCGAUUACACCCACAGCACUAAAAUGGGCAAACUAGUUUUGUAUGGUGUCGAGCCUAGUCCACCGGUGCGCGCUUGCAAGUUGACCCUGGCGGCACUGGGUCUUCAAUACGAAUACAAAUUAGUAAAACUACUUGAUGGUGAACACCGAUCUGCCGAAUAUGUGCGCAAAAAUCCACAGCAUACUGUACCCAUGCUCGAAGACGAUGGCCACUACAUUUGGGACUCGCACGCCAUUAUGGCAUAUCUCGUACGUCGAUAUGCUAAGGAUGAUUCGUUGUAUCCCAAGGACUUUUUCAAGCGUGCACUUGUCGAUCAACGACUUCACUUUGAAUCCGGUGUGGUGUUUCAGGGUUGUUUGCGUAACAUAGCAGUUCCUGUGUUCUAUAAGAAUGAAAGUGAGGUACCACGUGCAAAAAUCAAUGCCAUUUAUGAAGCUUAUGGUUUUCUCGAGGCCUUUAUUGGUGAUCAAUCGUACUUAUGCGGCGAAACAAUUACUUUAGCCGACUUCAGUAUCGUGUCCACCAUAUCCAGCUUGGUGGAAUUGGCGCCCAUCGAUCCGGCUAAAAAUCCGAAAUUGAAAACUUGGUUGGCCCGGAUGAGUCAAUUGCCCUACUAUGACCAAGCGAAUGGAUAUGGUGCUCAAAUGCUCAUCGAUACGUUCAAGGAGAAGAUAAAGAAAAUUAUAUAAUAAAUGUCAAGGCAUCAUUGUUUUCAGACGGUCUACAUGCAUGCCAGUGAUUUUAAUUGCUUUAAAAUAAAUUUUGCGAUAAGUGGAAAUAAUUUACAGCGAUUGAUUUUAUAAUUGCAUAUACAUAUGUAUGUACAAUAUAUGUACAUACGGACAUACAAAAAUUAAUGAUUUGCAGUUUUGCGACGCAGAAAUUUGAUUUUAAAUUAAAGUGACUAUGUACACAUGUUUUAUUACAUACAUUUUAUUAAAAAGAGUUGUGAAAUUUUUAUGCGUAUACAUACAUACACAUGUGGCUAAAGAUCUAUGUAAGGAAAUGAACGAUUGGAGUACAUAGAGUAUUUGUGGGUUUUCGAUACAGCAAUUUAAAUCAACUUGGCACUUUCUACAAUAAAUUACUAUCCUGAACUAUUAAUCACUCAUAACUGCAGUUCAACCAUCCUUAUAUUUUAAAAUUUUAAUAAAUAAAUAAA